GCUAAUAUUGCAGCAAAAAAAGAAUACCUGUACAAGAUCCUAGUUAUUGGUGAUCUAGGAGUGGGUAAAACAAGUAUUAUCAAGCGAUAUGUUCAUCAGUUUUUCUCCACUCAAUAUAGAGCUACGAUUGGUGUAGAUUUUGCUCUAAAAGUCAUUGAUUGGAAAGAUUCCAAUUCGGUAGUAAGGUUACAACUAUGGGAUAUAGCAGGUCAAGAGAGAUUCGGAAAUAUGACGAGGGUUUACUAUCGGGAAGCGGUUGGAGCUUUUAUAGUUUUCGAUAUUUCGAGGGCAUCAACAUUUGAUGCUGUGCAAAAGUGGAAGAGCGACUUGGACAGUAAAGUUACCAUCGGAGAAGAUAUGGCUAUACCAGUAGUAUUGUUGGCAAAUAAAUGUGAUAUAGAUAUGGAAAGUCUCGCAAAUUUUCGAGGAACUUUAGAUAAUUAUUGUAAAGAGAAAGGGUUUGCUGGCUGGUUUGAAACGUCUGCGAAAGAGAAUAUCAACAUCGAUGAGGCUGCAAAUUUUUUAGUAUCGAAGGUAUUUAGUUUUAUAAAUUAA